AUGGCAAGCUCCUUGGACGACACGACCCUGUCCACCCUUUCCCUGCUGGAGUCACGACUACUGCAGAUUGAACAUCUCCUUUAUGGGCAGUCUGAUAUUUCGUCAGGCCAGGAAAAUUCAGCUACGCUCAAACUGGCUGAUUUGGAGAGACGAUUCAAUGCUCUCACGUCCCAUAUACGCGUAUAUGGAGAGCUUCUGAAGAUUUACCGAGCACAUCCCGACUUCUUCCACUCGCCGGAUCCAUCAGAGGCUCCGACACAGCUCACAAACGACGCAAUCCUGUCCAUUGUCCUGUCCGCCGCGUCUACGUAUCCGGCAACGCUUUCAGCCUUGACCGCCAUCAAGGACAGCCAAAUACCCGACCCAGCAGAGAGUGCUGCACUGUUGGCCCAGGCCGAGAGGAUGACGGCUAUCGAGGCAACUCAACUAGCCCAGGCAGCUGAGAUUGCCGAGCUUCGGACAAGGAGCGAGGCUGUUCUACGAUCCUGGUACGAGAGCUCCAUUUUGUCAAACUCUCAGUUGUUGGCCGACGUUGAAGGCCGAGUGGAAAAGAUUGAGCGGCAAGUCAAAAGGGUUGAGCGAAUCCGCGAUGAAGAUGAGGCGAUAUGA